ACUGUUACAGAUACCGUGACUGUGUAAGCUAAAGCUCGGUUGAAAAGAAUACAGUGACGUGAGAGAGCAAUGGCGGAUGUCAGUUUGGUGCUCGGGCAGCUUCUGAGGCAAACCUACACCUGUCGGCCUUGCCGACACAGAGUUCUCAUCUACUGCGGGGCCCUUGUACUUUUCAUGGUGUCCAUCCACCAAGUAGGAGAGAGAGUGGCAAAGCAAAGUCUGGACCGGUCUCGCCAUAUGGUAUUAGACCUGCUCAAGAAAACUGAAGACUGUAAGUCAUUUCACAGCAGAAACUGUUCGCCAAUUCCCAUCGAUCUGGUGUACACUUGGGUUAACGGCACAGACGAGACCCUACUGAGGAACCUUUUGGUGGCCAAAAAGCAACUGGCAGAAAAAGAACGAGCUGUGAGAAAGACGCCACAAUGCCGGCUCUCUAACUGCAUUUCAGCACCCAUGCUGGUGCUCGAACCUGCCGUGCCGGCUAGUUUCAAUGCUGGCGAGUUGUCCUCAAUCUCGCCCUACUUCUCAUCUGCAAAGGCACUGCUGAAACUCAUGAAACCUCUCAAAACAUCUGACACCGUCUCCGUGGUUAUCUUCCAUUCACAGACUGAAGCUGAAAAGGCUUUGGCAAACACGCUCAAAGAAAACAAGACAUUCUCAGUCACCAAGUGUUACCUGACCACAGACAAAGAUGCUCCGCAUGUCAUCCGAAUGCGGACCGUGGCUUUCCUGAGUGGCUUCACUGGCUCCUUCAAAAUGUCAGAGGCGCUGCGAGCCAAAUUACCUGCCGCCAUUACCAAGAAGAUAACCGCGGUUGAGUUGUACAGGAAGGCCCGCAUCGCUUUGCUCUACUUCAGAAGCUCACAAGACUUGACUGAUCUCCUCCAGGAAGCAAAACAGGGAAAAGAAAGCACACAUAAAAUGACACUGAAUGGGAAGGAGCUGGUCAUCAGCCCCGUGUACUUAUUCUGGGACCUGAGCGCCAUCAUCAAGAUGCAGCCCGUGCCUACAAAAAAAGAGACCAGAGAUUUUCUCACAGCCAAUCGCUUCGAGGACAAUGAUGCACUCCGACAUUCUCUGCGCUCUGUGGAGAAAUUCGCUCCCUGGGUGCGACACAUCUUUGUCGUCACUAACGGACAGAUUCCUUUCUGGCUCGACCUGAGCAAUCCUAGACUUUCAAUUGUCACACAUAAGGAAAUCUUUCUGAACCACAGCCACCUCCCCACCUUCAGCUCAGGUGCUAUAGAGAGCCACCUCCACCGCAUUCCGGGAAUCUCGCAGAAGUUUAUUUACCUCAACGAUGACAUUAUGCUUGGCAAAGACGUCUGGUUGGAUGACUUCUACAACCCAUCAAACGGACAGAAAGUUUAUGUCACCUCGCCUAUUCACCCUUGUGCCCAGCACUGCCCAGAAACCUUAAUCGAGAACGGGCGCUGUAACCCCCAGUGUAACAACGCUGCCUGUGAUUGGGAUGGAGGAGACUGCAAGGCAAGAAAGCAGAGGUCCUUUCAAGACCAAUUUGAGGAAGAUGAACAUCUUCAGCAAGCUGGUCACAAGCUGCAGAGCACUUUCAGCGAAUCGCUACGCUUCGUCAACAGGCUGUACAACCGCAAGUUCGGUAUCAUGACCCGAAAAUCUCCUGCACACACACCGCAUUUGUUUGACGUAUUUAUCAUGCAAGAGCUGCAAGACACAUUCCCAAAAGAAUUUGAGAAGACCUCGAGCCAUUAUGUGCGUCAAUCGGACGACAUGCAGAUUUCCUUUUCCUACUAUUACUUCCUGAUGAGCGCCAAGCACAAAGUCAACAUCUCAGAGGUGUUUGACACGGCUGACAAAGAUCACUCUGGUAUUUUAUCCGAGAGUGAGAUUCAAGAUCUCGGCAGGAGAAUCCAAAAGGAAACGAUCAAACCCACGGACUUUGAAGUUCUGAAGAAGCAGUUGAUCACCUGCUGUAGAACACUUUCAUCGGAAGUCAACGGCACGAUGAACCAUCCUCCGAUCACAAAAGACCUGGUACUGAACUGCAAGCCUGUCGCUGAUCGCAUCCACAAAGCCUCCACAGACCCAAAGUACAAAUAUCAAGUCAUGGGGCAGCAGGACAUACAUUACAAGUUUCUUACCAACAACGCAACCAACGCCAGUCAUCAGUUCAAAGAUGUUUUAACCCAUCCCAAAAAGUUCAUCUGCAUCAAUGAUGGAAUAGAUCACACUGAAAGCACAUCCAAGGAAGUGAAAGCAAAGCUGGGGAAAUUCUACCACGACAUGUUCCCACACCCUUCUACCUUUGAGCUGCCCAAAAAUAAAUCCAACGGGAUUUUGUACAGAGACGAGCUCUGGGAAUGGCAAGCCUACCAAGAGAAGUUGAGGUUCUACAGAUAUUGUGUUAUUGGGACCCUGAUUGUCUUAAUUCUCAAGUUCCUCUUCGGAAAGAUCACUCACUUGGAGCAACGGCUGCUGCACAGACACAAGGAGGUGAAAGUCGAAAAUCGAACAUGUUGAUACUUUUUCAUGUGAAAAAGGAAUUCUUUCAAUUUUGUUAAGGUUGAACACAAUGAAACACACAACAUUCGUUCACAGUGGGACGACUGACAUACCUUUAAACCAGUGACGUGCAGUUAGGUUGACAUGGCUGGUGAGGCUUUUUCUUAAUGUUAACACAGGUUGCUCAUUAAGACGAGAAACAAAAGAAAGUGACAAAUUUAUUUUGGUGAAAAAAAGAUUCAGAUACAUCUUAUGCAUUUAUUUUUUUAUUAACUGUAAAACAUUUGCAUUCUUAUCUUUCAUCUGUAAGCAAAAUGAAAGGAUAAGAACAGGCUCUCAGUAUAAUACAGUGAAAUUGUAAAUAAUAAAAUACAUUAUGUAAAGUCUCACUUUUGUGAUUUUUUUAUUGUAUAAUGCCAGAAAAACCUGUUGAUGACGUAGAAUUGGUCAUUAGUCUGGGAUCUAUGAUCUUGACGAUGCCUCCUCAGCUACUCCAUGAUGGGUUAAAUGUACAUUCUGUAUAUGCUUGCAUAUCAUAAUAAAAAUCUUGAUUAUAGU